CCGCCCGCCCUCAGUGCCACGGAGGCUGCGGGCUGCGACGCCGCCCGCCCUGCGCUGUUAUAACGUUAUACAAAACAUUCCCACAUCAUUGUAUUUUUCCCAAACAUAUUUACACUUUUUUAUUAAGUAUAACAAAUAUCACUUUCCUUUGCGUGGUAAAGAAGUGAGUGAAAUUAGCCAAAAAGCUCUUCAUUAGAUAACGAAUAAGGAAAUAUGUGGUUACUUAUCCUUCACUAUUUUGCAUAAGCUUGAGGGAAGGCUGUCUACAAUUUAUUGUUGAAUCAGUGCCAAAUAAACCAAGGACAUUAGUAAAUGGUACAAAAUGGCAAUAAUAGUGCAUAAUUAUUUUAAACCUACAAACAAAAUUUGUAAAAUCUACACCGUGCCAACAGUUACAUUAGUGUUAUUAUUUUUUGGAGUAUGUUCCUGCGACGUGACUUUAAAUUCCACGGCUGAACCUAAAGGCGUAUCUACGAGUAGUUCGCCUGUGUCUGCAGAUACAGAGUUUAUCCACUCAACGAAGUCUAGUGUAACACUGUCACCGGCUACAGUGCCUCUCAGCACCGGUGCUCCUAUAACAAAGGAGACCGUUAAAACAACUAAGUCAUACUUUAGUACAGAGCGUUCGACAACUCGCAAAGCAAAAACUCAAGUAAAGGCGAGUACAAAAGGUUUGCUGAAAUAUGCAAGAAGGCGAAAGCCAAAUUCUACUUCUAGUACAAUCGGCGCAGUACAUUCGUCAACGCGCUUACAAGAUCGCCUGGGGGCCAUAGAUUGCGAGCUGCCAGUUCUGCCAAGGGAGUCUCGGUUAUGGCGCGGCAACGAGACCCAUGAACUUAAUUUGCCUGUAAAGAUGUCGGAGGAGUGUGCGGGCACGUUUCGACGAGGGGGCGAGGAGGAGUGCCCUCCGGUCAUCGUGUCAUGGGAGGGGGUUGCUGACAUUCAAAGCGGCGAUAUCCUUAUCGUGCGCAUCGCAGACUCUUCCCCGCUAGACACCUUUGUUCGCGUCGACUCUGCCAACGAAACUAUCGACACGAACACUUCACACGCUGACGAGGACAGGUCCCACCGUACAAUUCCCCAACCGGCCGUGUACCAAGUGACUCGGCAAGGGCACGAGCACUGCGAUGUCUCAGAUGGCAUGUUGCUUGAUAUUACACCAUUAGACGAAAACGGAUCAAAGAUAUUUACGCUCUACGACAAGGAUCUGACUGAAGGCGUUAAUUUGUUGAUAGUUGUAUCCGAGAAUUGGGGCUCACAAUGCGUCCGGCUGAAAGUAACUGUAAAGUCAGACAAUUGCGGCGACUCCCAAGACUGUACAGGAAAAGGCGUCUGUUAUACAAAUGUUUCUAUGGAAGGUUACGAGUGCCAGUGUUGCCGGGGGUACGUCGGGCCACACUGCGAGGACAGGGACGCAUGCAAUCCAUCACCUUGCUUGAACAAUGGCAUAUGUGUCGACCUAUCGCAACCCCUCAACGGUGCUAACUACCACUGUCUAUGUCCAUACGGUUUCACUGGAAGGAAAUGUGAGAAAGACCCUUGUUAUUCUGAACCAUGUGUCAAUGGGGGUUCCUGUAUGAGCAUGGCAAUGAAUGGUUCCACAACUUUUCAUUGCGCUUGCGUUGAUGGGUGGACGGGUUCGCAUUGCGAGCUUGCGGCCACAGGCGGCGCGUGCGCCGACAAGACCUGCGUCAAGGGAAUUUGCGUUGAGCAAACGGAUAAUGAGGUGGACGGCCAGAAGUACCUCUGCUUUUGUGAGCCAGGUUACACCGGUGACCGUUGUGAGUUAGAAUAUAACGAAUGCGAAUCGUCACCAUGUGCUAACGGCGGCACCUGUACCGACCGCGUCAAUGCCUUUGAAUGCGCGUGCGGGCGUGGUUACACGGGAAGCACUUGUCAGUCGAAGGUGGAUCUCUGCAAACCUAACCCUUGCCCGGAGCAUCGUUACUGCUUGGACCAUGGGAACAGCUACACUUGUGAAUGCCCCAGUGGCUUCGUGGGCGAGGAAUGCAACAGUGCCGCUACUGUUUGCGACAACAACCCUUGUGCGCACGGUGGCACUUGCUGGAGUGGUGUGGACUCCUUCUACUGCUCGUGCAGACCCGGGUACACGGGGAGGAUUUGCGAAGAGGACUUUAUACUUGAAUCAGUAGUGGACGGCGAGAGUGAGUCCAGCGCGGAGUCCCGAGGAGGUGGCUCUGUUCGCGAGAUGCGUCUACCCCUCGGCCUCUACCACGACCGUUUGCAUAACGUUUACAUUGCAGCUGGGACCCUCGGCGCAGCUAUUGCAAUCGUCGGAGUUGUGGUGACCGCAUGCCACUGCAGAGUAAACAAAACGUAUUCCCGUCUUCUGUCGCGACUGUCGCGUGUGACGGAGCCGGGGCCUCCUCACCACUGGCUGCAAGACAAGCGCGCGGCCGCGGCGCCGUUCCAGCCGCCCGCGGCUCUCGAUACCACCGACAUGUACUACACCCUCGACUUCAGCGACAGCCAGAGCUCCCCCCUCAUACAAUAGCCAUCACUCACGAACUGCUCCGAUGGGGAACGGUUCAAAAUACAAAUAUAGAUUUUUCCUAAAUCAGGAAAAAUUUCAUCAGGCUCAGGGAAAAUACUGGUACCUACCUACUCACAUGACCGUUUUGCGGAAAAUUACAUAUUCACAUUAUUUAUAUUCCAUUGGAAGUAUAUGUCUCAUCAGCUCAUAUUAUUAACCCCUGACGCAAAAACAGGGGUGUUAUAUAUCGAGAUUUACGAAACUUUGGAAAAUAUUGGUACCUACUCAUAUGACCGUUUUGCGGAAAAUUAUAUUUUCACAUUAUUUAUGUUCCAUUGAUUUUGAAACUUUGAUUUUGAAAUUGGAAUUUACUCUAUAGCUUUUCGUUGCGAAAUAAAGUAAAUUAAGAUACUUACGAAGAUUUAGUCAGUUUACCUAAGUUGGUUAAAAUAAAUUGACUACGCGACUAGAAAAAUAAAGGUAGGUAAUGAAUAUUAUUAGCAAAAAAUACUUAAACUAUUAUUUAUUACCAGAAAAUAAAUCCAAAAAGCUUUUUACGUUCUUAGUAAUAUAACUUUUGAACAAGUGGGUACUAUUAUUUUAUUUUAUUUAUAGUUUAAUUAAAAGGGAAAACUUAAACAUCUACUUAACUAUCUACUAUUUUAGUUAUACUUAUCGAUAAAAAAAAUUAUGCAUCAGUUAAAAAUUAUUUACAAGUCCUUUAGUUCAAAGCAAGUUCAAAAUUAAUUAUGUUUUAUUUAUUAUUGCCUUUCACAUUAUUAUGAUAAAGCCAUGUGGCGGUCAAUAGGGUCGAUGACUUCAUUGCUUCUACGUUUUUAUAACUAUUUGGGUAGCUAGCUAUAACCUAAUAAUAUUUUGCCUACGGGGUGUUAAAAUCAAUAGCAACGAUAAUUUACAUCAAUAAUAUAAAAUCUGAGAUUUUAUAUGUUUUUCUAUGAAGAAUUUUUUAUAUUAGAUAUAUAUUUUAUUAUUUUAACCAUUCUUAGCGAAGAUUAAUCUUAAUGCCAAAUACUUGUAGCAAUGAAAAGUGUCUAAAAUAUAGGUAUACCUACUUAUAUAAAUAAAAUACUUAAAUUAACUUCGUUGAUGUGAUUAUUAUUAAAUAAUUAGAUUUGAUAGAUUAUAAUGGAUUUAGACAAUCCAUUAUGUUGAUGUGUUGUAGGUAUGUUUUUUUAUUUUCAAUAGUUGUUCGUUUGAAAAGAAUUUCUUGGGCUACAAAAUGGAUAGGAUGUUAAUUAUAUGUUUGCCAUGUAAAAAAAUUCUAAUUGCCUAAGCGAGUCAGACAUAAACAGUUUAUUAAAAUUACGGUUCAUAUCACUAUCCGAAAAUAGGUACUCCUCGAUUAAUUAAUUACUGUUAUCAACAAGUAGCAAGUUUGAACUAAAUUUUAAAGUUGCUCCCUAAAUGCAAAAAUAUUGCUCACAAAGAUAAAUUUAAAAUUCAAGUUUUUAGUGAUACGAAUUAAGUAUGUGAAAGAUAGCUGGGAAAUAUUGAACGCUCGAAGGUUUUCUGUAGGGAUGUGGUCGUGUUAAUUAGUUAUAUCAUGGAACGCUUAAAGGAAAGGGAGCUUGUUAAGACAAAAUGACUGACCUUCAAGGUAGAUGCAUCUAUUUCCAUUUUAUCUAUACUGUUUUUCUCUAAUAAAUACUCUUGACAUUAGAACUUUUUAGAUCUUUAUGAAAUUACAUGUCUGCUCAGUCGUAGGGAGAAUAGUUAAGAAUCUGCUAUUUUUCUUGAAAUAAUUCUAACUUGUCUCUAUGCUUUCGUGAAAUAAUGCUUUUGGUGUACAUAUGCGGUUAAAAUUAUUGUUGUCGUAAGAUAUAAAUAAAGCUAAGUAAGUCCUACUUAAAA